GUGUGUCUUCCCGUUAUUUUAGCUGUCACCGGAUCAAUGUGCAGCGUCUCCAAGUACGGAUCCGGAUCCUCCCUCGGUGGCGCGGCUGGUCACUCGCUCUUGUUGCAUCUCGCCCGGGCGGACGCGGCGGCGGCGGGGCGGGCGGCGGCCCCGAGGCGUCGGUGAAGGGCGCGCCCGCUGCCCGCCCGCCCCGCGCCCCGCAGCUCCGGCUGCCCCGGGCAGGGGCUCGCUGCCGACGGGCCCCCCCGGCCGAUGGCGGCCCCGGCCCCGGGCUGCGGCCCCUAGUCCCGAGCAGAGCCUGCACGUCCAGCCGGGCUCCGCGGCGCGGGGCGUUUUGGGGGGGAAUGGAGGCGAUCGCCAGUCAGAUGGGAAAUGGGAGAGAUGCAAGCUCCUCCCCAAAUUCAAAGCAAGAGCUGCAGCCGUACCAGGGCUCCAAUACCCUCAAGCCCAACCAAGUGGGUGAGACCUCCCUGUACGGCGUGCCCAUCGUGUCCCUGGUCAUCGACGGGCAGGAGCGGCUGUGCCUGGCGCAGAUCUCCAACACGCUGCUCAAGAACUACAGCUACAAUGAGAUCCACAACCGGCGCGUGGCCCUGGGCAUCACCUGCGUGCAGUGCACGCCGGUGCAGCUGGAGAUCCUGCGGCGGGCCGGGGCCAUGCCCAUCUCCUCCCGCCGCUGCGGCAUGAUCACCAAGAGGGAGGCGGAGCGGCUCUGCAAGUCCUUCCUGGGCGAGCACAAGCCGCCCAAGCUGCCCGAGAACUUCGCCUUCGACGUGGUGCACGAGUGCGCCUGGGGCUCCCGGGGCAGCUUCAUCCCGGCGCGCUACAACAGCUCCCGCGCCAAGUGCAUCAAGUGCAGCUACUGCAGCAUGUACUUCUCCCCCAACAAGUUCAUCUUCCACUCCCACCGCACCCCGGACUCCAAGUACACCCAGCCCGACGCCGCCAACUUCAACUCCUGGCGCCGCCACCUCAAGCUCAGCGACAAGACGGCCACGGAGGAGCUGUCGCACGCCUGGGAGGAUGUCAAGGCCAUGUUCAACGGCGGCACCCGCAAGCGGACCUUCUCCCUGCAAGGGGCGGCCGCCGGCGGGCCCGGGGCCGGCUCCCCCGCCGCCAAGGCCGCCCUGCACCCGCCGCCGCCCGCCGGCCCCGAGCUGGCCCCGGCGCACAAGAGCCUCCGGUGCAGCGGGCAGGAGGCGGCGGGCGAGCGCGGCGCGCUGGGGCUGGCGGCGGCGGCGGCGCACGGCGGGGCCGCGGGCGCGCACGGCGGGGCGGGCGCGGUGCGCAGCUACCCGGUGAUCCCGGUGCCCAGCAAGGGCUUCGGGAUGCUGCAGAAGCUGCCGCCGCCGCUCUUCCCGCACCCCUACGGCUUCCCCGCCGCCGCGUUCGGACUGUGCCCCAAGAAGCAGGAGGAGGCGCUGGGCGGCGCGGGGGGCGGCGAGGCGGGCAAGGGCGGCGCGCUGCCCCCCGGCAUGUUCUGGGGACCCCCGCACCCGCACCCGCACCAGCCGGCCCAGCCGCCGCACCAGCCCGGCGCCGCCAAGGACAGCGGCGUGUACCCCUCGUUCCCCGUGUUCUGGCCGGCCGCCGGCAGCCUGCCCGUGCCGCCCUACCCCGCGCAGAGCCCGGCCAAGGCGGCCGCCACCGCCGUGGUGGUGGCGGCGGCGGCGGCGGCGGCGGCGGCGGCGGCCGAGCCGGCGGGGCUGGCGGGGCGGCACGGCGAGCUGGAGGGCUCGGAGCCCUCGGGCAGCGGCCGCAGCAGCGCCACCCCGCAGGAGGGCGCGGGCGCCGAGGGCGAGCGCUGCCCCAGCGCCCUGUCGCGGGCGGCGGGCGAGGAGGAGCGCUCCGGGGACGAGGCGCUGCUGGCCCCGCUGCCGCUGCCCAGGAAGGGCAGCUACCUGUCCGCCUUCCGCCCGGUGGUGAAGGACGCCGAGAGCAUCGCCAAGCUCUACGGCACCCGCGAGGCGUUCGGCGGCGCGGGGCCCCGCGGCCCCGGCUACCUCUCGCCGGACUUCCUGAGCGAGGGCAGCUCCAGCUACCGCUCGCUGUCCCCCGGGGGCGACACGGCCGAGGAGCCCGAGGUGGACGUGGAGUCCAACCGCUUCCCGGAGGACGAGGAGGAGGAGGCCGCCGCCGUGCCCGCCGCGGGCCCCGCCGAGGGCCGGGAGCCGCCGCCGCCGCGGCUGCUGGCCGGGCCCGAGGAGCCGCCGCCCGCCGGGCCCGAGGCGCCCGAGGAGAAGCCGGGCGAGGCGGGGGCGCAGGAGGGCGGCCGGGGCCCCGAGGGCAGCCCCGAGCGCAGCGGCAGCAGCGGCGCCUACGAGGUGUUCGCGCCCGAGAGGGGGGAGCUCCUGCCGCCGCUGAAGCCCGCAGCCUCGCUGGGAGCCCCCGCCGCCUUCCUGUGCACCCCCGAGGCCAAGGAGCAAGAUAAAGAAGACAAUCACUCGGCGGCGGAGGAUUUAGAGAGCAGAAAAUCCUAUCAGGACCAAAGGAAUGUCUCUCAUCCCAGCCCGGUAAAUACCGACAGAGGCGAGGAAGGGCUGCCCAUGGAUGUCACCGGGACGCAGCUGCUGGAGAAGGACAUCGAGAACCUGGCCCGAGAUGAGUUACAAAAACUGGUCCUGGAGCAAAUGGAGCUGAGGAAAAAGCUGGAGAGGGACUUCCAGAGCCUGAAAGAUAACUUCCAGGACCAGAUGAAGCGGGAGCUGGCGUACCGGGAGGAGAUGGUGCAGCAGCUGCAGAUCGUGCGAGACACGCUGUGCAACGAGCUGGACCAGGAGCGGAAAGCGCGCUACGCCAUCCAGCAGAAGUUGAAAGAGGCUCACGACGCGCUGCACCACUUCUCCUGCAAGAUGCUGACCCCGCGGCACUGCAGCGGGAACUGCUCCUUCAAGCCGCCGCUGCUGCCCCAGUGAGCCCCCCCGGGCCCCCACCCCGAAGCCAUGCGGGCAGAGCCCACACAAGCCAUUCCCACGAGGAGCCACCUGUACAUAGAGCACCCGGAGCCCGGCUCUGCUUGGACUGGCGCCGGGGCGGGGGCGGCCCCCGCUCCGCCCCGCUCCCUCCCCGUGUGUCCGUCCGCUCCUUCCACCCUCGUCCAGACUGGAAACAAAAGUGGCUAUGUGCAAUGGAUAUAAAUGUACUGUGAUUCUCUUGGUACAGUAUUUGUCGGAUUUUUAUUUAUUUAUUUAUGAUGUAUAUUUACCCCCCUCCCUCCCUUCCUUCCCCCACCCCUGUAAAUCCUGGAUGUAACGGCACUUUAACGGGCGGCCCGCGGCCCCGCGGCUCAACACCCUCGCCCGCUCUGCGGACAGCCCCCUCUGUACGUGAGCUCGGUUCUUUAAUAAAAACACACUUCAAGAAGCCGCCUGGUGCGUGGGGCUGGCCCGGGGCUCGGGGUCCCGGGCCGGGCAGGCGGCGGGAGGCGCUCCCGGUGCCCGCUCCCGGUGCCC